AUGCCUGUUCCUGCUGGUGCUAUUGGUGGACAACAAUCUUGUUUUGACAAAAUUCGUCUUGGUUUCAUGAUGGGAGCUGUUAUUGGAGGUUCAAUAGGUUUACUACUUGGAGGUGUUGGAGGAUUCAGAAUGGGUUUAAGAGGUGGAGAGUUGUUUAAACAAGUUGGUAAAACAGUUGCACAAUCCGGGGGAUCAUUUGGAGUAUUUAUGUCUGUGGCACAAGGAAUUCGUUGUUAA